AUGGGCCCGGCCUUUACUUUGAAGGGCUGCGGUAUUUACGUUGUGAUGGCGCAGCCUCCCGGGAGAGCAGACGACCACCAGACCCCUCAGGACCUGUCCACCUCCAGUAGAACAGAACAAUGUGCUGUGGUCAGGAGGAACCCUGGCUGGUACCAGAAUUCAGAUCAGGGAAGCCCUAUCCUACCUGACAACGCCCUCUCCCGCACCACCGUCACUCUGUCCUACGUGAGCCGCUCUCAUGUCUUCUCCACUCAGGACUCCCUGUGUGGAAACUCAAAUGUCUAUGGUGUCCCCACAUUCAGCAAAUAUUCACUCCAGCCUUUGUGCCAACUAGACGCCAGCUCGAAUGCAUUAGAUCAGCCAUUUCUGGAGAACAUCGAUGGACCUAUUGACACGGAUCUUCUCCAGUCACUUUCAGAGGCGCAGUUGGACCUUGACCUGGAAACCAAUCUCAAACAGACUUUUGAGCUGGGCACUUCAGAGCAACACAAUGAGCCAGAAAUCAAACUUAAGUACUUAAACUACAAAGAGGAGAAACGAUCCCAGAAAACUGACCGCUUCUCGCCUUUUGUCCGGGUGCACCGCCAGCCGCAGGCCCCUUCGCUGUGCACCGUUCUGAGCAAUCCCGAAGAGGUCAAGACCCCACGGAAAUCCGGUCAAGCCUCUACGGAAUACGCUUCGGUCAACGUUCCUGCUACGUCCUGCCUGCGUCUGGGGCGAGUGUCCAUGCACGGAGCCCAGCAAAGAGCGCUCGUGUGCUGUCUGUGCAAGCAGGCCGCGAACGCCAUGGACCUGGGCGAUCUCCACGGGCCGUAUUACUCCCAAGGCUAUCAACCCCCGCCGAAAAUUCCACACGACCAGUCUGGGCUGAAGGAAGGAGAGUCCAGUGAUUCAGAUUCAUCGUCCUGUAGCGCCACCAAGUGGACGUCCAUAAAGAGGCAGCUGAAGUGGAAGGCAGCAGAGGGCAGCAGUCACGUGGUAAAGCGUGCCAGGGCAGAGGUGGACUGGUACACCCCCCCCAUCCUGCCCCUGGACCCCUGCGAGUACUGGCUCCACGAGGACUGUGGGGUAUGGGCCACUGGGGUCUUCCUGAUCCGGGGUCGGCUCUACGGGCUGGAGGAGGCGGUGAAGGCGGCGCACAAUGCGGAGUGCUGUGCGUGUGGGGGCCCUGGGGCCUCUCUGGGCUGUCUGUCUAAAGCCUGCCCCAGCAAGUACCACUACAGGUGUGCGCUGCGCUCAGACUGCGCUCUGGACCAGGACAACUUCUCCAUGAGGUGUAGGAAGCACAAGAACGUGUCCAUGAGGGGCCUUACGAGCAGACGGCUGGAGCCCAGCUGA